UUGAAAAGCUAGGUCUCUUGUUAUAAGGCCAAGCAGUCCCCACCAGAGUUUCAUUAGAAAAGUGAGAGGGUUAAGAAGUUUCAUUCGGAUCGUGAGAGAGGUUAAGAAGUUUUCUAGAGUUGUUGUUUGAUAGAGAAAGAGAGAAAAUGGGAAGAGCUCCUUGUUGUGACAAGGCAAAUGUGAAGAGAGGACCAUGGUCACCAGAAGAAGACUCAAAGCUGAAGGAUUACAUAGAGAAGCAUGGCACUGGAGGGAAUUGGAUUGCUCUUCCUCAGAAAGCUGGUCUAAAGAGAUGUGGAAAAAGUUGCAGAUUGAGAUGGCUGAACUAUCUAAGGCCUAACAUUAAGCACGGGGAAUUCUCCGAUGAGGAAGACAGAAUCAUUUGCAGCCUUUAUGCUAAUAUUGGAAGCAGGUGGUCAAUUAUAGCUGCUCAGUUGCCAGGCAGGACUGACAAUGAUAUCAAGAACUAUUGGAACACCAAACUUAAGAGGAAACUCAUGGGGUUGCUUCCUUCAUCUCAUCAAAGAAUAGCACCCUAUCAACAAUUCUCCUCUCAAAACCCUUCAUCAUUUCCUUCUCACUCAUCGCUAUCCUCUUCACAAUAUAGGGACUACUACUACAACUCCUCUCAUCAUUAUUACAUCCCAGCACCAACCUCAUCUUUCACAUGCCUUGAACCAAUUUCUGCUCCUUCAAGUAAUUACACAAACACAACAACAACCUCCAACUCUCUCUCUUUUUACCAACACCAAGAGCCCUUGGUCAGUGUUAGUCCCAGGCAGUAUUACCCCAUCACAGACAGUUCCAUGCUUGUGUUUGGUAGUGAAACAAGUUGCAGCUCCUCUGAUGGAAGCUGCAGUCAGGUUAGCCUUGGCAGAGAGAUCAAACAAGAAGACAUGGGGUUUCAGAAUUUCAUGUUUGGAGAUCAUCAGAACAUGAACAAAUUCAUGAACAUUAAUCAUGAUGGAGGUGAAGAAUAUGUGAACCAAUGGACACAGAGGCCAAACGGGUACAUUUUUCAGACUCAACAAACAGCAUUGGAUUAUGAUCUUGAGGUCAUUAAGAACCUAAUUUGUAGCAACAGCAGUAGUAAUAGUAAUAAUGGGUACUUGAGUGUUGAUGAAAACAAGACGGAGGAGAAGGGUGUGUACUACAACUACUGCAACUGAACUGAGUGCAACUGAUGAAUGAACUGACUACUGCAAGUGAUAUCAGAGAGAUAUGAUCAGUGAGAAGCAUGGGAUUGGGAAGAUUCAGAAAAGACUUUGAGGUUGUGUGGAGUUCUGUGUUGUGUUCUUUAAUGAAAUGAGAUAAUUCUUAUUUUGACAGUACAUGGUAAAAGCUUCUUUAUAUUUUUGUGUAUAUCCCCUAGGAAGUGAUGAUUUGAUGACGAUGAUGUUAGAUUUUUUCUAAGUAUUCUCUCGGUGCAAGUGCAAUCCCCCAAUCAGACAUCAAUGUUAUCAACACCAGAAAACAAGGCUUUAAUUUAAAUUCAAAAA